AUGCAGAGAGAACCCAAUUGGAUAUAUAUAAGAGAUUUUAUGCACCCAGAUUCUUUGUCCAGUUGAUGCCUAUGAUAAGAUCUCUAGCUCUCUAUAUCAAGAUCAAGUAGUCCUCAUCCCUUUUGGGUAUUAUCUGAAUUUUGCAGUUGGAGAGUCAUGUCAAACUAUGGUGCCAUUCCUACAUCUUCUAGUGAGAGCAGCGGGCUUGGUUUCCUCUCUCGGGCCAAGGAACGAGGCAGAUCAAUCUUGGCUACACGUCGGCCAUGGCGAGAAAUGGUACAUCUGCACGCUUUAGGCAUUCCAUCGGGCUUCAGGGAUGCUCUGGCCAGAUUCAGGAGAAAUCUGGGCUACUUUCGCGUUAAUUAUGCAAUCAUCGUCUUGAUCAUAGUCUUCCUGAGCUUGCUAUGGCAUCCAAUUUCCUUGAUAGUGUUCUUGGUCAUGUUUGUGCUUUGGUUUUUCCUCUACUUCUUUCGUGAUGAGCCUCUUGUGAUCUUCGGACGCACGAUUGAUGAUCGAAUCAUUUUGAUCACGCUUUCUAUCAUAACGAUCAUCGUUCUGCUUCUUACCCAUGUCACGCUGAAUGUUGUGGUUUCUCUCGCCAUUGGCCUUGCAAUUAUUGUACUUCAUGGUGUUUUCCGCAAGACGGAUGACCUGUUUGUGCAUGAAGAGGAAACUGCUUCUCUAAGCCCCCAGCCUGUCGUUUAGGCUUUUCCUUGUAUCUCUGCAUCUUGGAUCUGAUCUUGCGUUUUCUGUUUGUUUUCUCUGUUUGGUGUUUGUAUUUUCUUCGUCCCUUCGUUCCUCUGGUUUCACUAUUCAUGAGUUGGCUGCUUCUUCUAAGAUUGCAGGCUGUUCUAUAGAAUUUUCCUGCCUUCACUCCCAACUUUUGAGUUUUGAUGUUUUGGGUUCUUCUCUUUUCUUUCUACGGGAUCAUUUUUCCUUCUGGGGAGGAUGUAGCUGAGCGGAAAUAGAUCCCACAAGAACCAGACGGAGAAAAAGUGUAAAUGAUUGUUCUCAUAACUCCAAAGGCUAGUAUGUGGAAGAUGAAAGAAGAGAGAUAUUGCAAAAAUGAAAAAAAGCUAGAGAAAAGUUUUCGAUUUCGGACACGCAACCGGCUCAACCAGUUCCGAAAAUAUGCAAUUGGGUGCUGCUGAUGCCUCUGUUAGUUGUCUAAGUUUGUACAUCAAUGGAUCUGAAUCCUGGCUUUCUUUUGAGAUCGAACGCUGGCGCUGCCUCCAUUACCACUUAACAAGGUACGACUGAGUAUCUACAGGAUGCUGUUCGUGGAAAUAAACUAGAGCGUUACUGUUGUGCUUUUACUCUGUUCCUGUGAAAGUGUUGUCGAUUCAGUUCUCCAGAUCGGAACGGUGAUGAACAGCAUUACAGUUUCACCCUUCAUUGUAGUUAAAUUUGAUGUGUAAGAUUUAGAAUUUCUCUGAAAUGGACAGAAUGCUGCUUCAUCUUUCCCAAGUAAUCGUGUGUAAGAGAGCUUAUCAGAUUUGCUGUUCAUGGGGCAUCGGCCAAUGUUCUUCAAUUCUUGUGAUUUUUCUUUAUUCUUCCUUUGUAAGAUGAUCUCAGCUUCACUGUUCCGGGGUAACUAGACGAAGUUUCAUCUAAUAUUUCCCUGAAGCGGAAUGUUGUUUCAUUUCUUUCUUUUCAUAUCAACAGCAUCUUUAAGGGCACAUCAGCUUUCUUGUUCAUGGUUGUCUGAUGUACUUGGUUUUUGUAUAUUUCUAUCUGUUGAAAAAAAUGGAAGAUGGUUCUUGUCCA